AUCGAUAACGGCGUGUAGAAGAACUGUGAUCACAUUAAAGAGCAAAGCUCACAUAUAAACACUCGUACGGACGGGAGAAAACACUGAAGCGCAGCUGAGGACAGAGACCUGCGGAGACAUUUCAGCAGACUCUGAUCGAUUAAAGCCCCUCAGAGACGUCAUAAUGUCAUCACGUGACACCGACAGCAGCGCGGUGCGUCGUACCGGUGGCCGGACAGAUGGUGGAAACCAGCGUCCCUCCGAGAACGGCUCGAUCAGACAGCAUGAUAAUCACUCAAACAUGAUAGAGAUGACACAGAGAGAGGAAGACAUGGAGAGGAUGAAAGCGGCGGUGAUCAGACACGUUCAGACCCAUCUGAACGAGGUUCUGGAGCGAGCGCUCACAGACUCGAUGCAGUCUCUGUCCACAAACACACAAACACACACCGACGAGAAGGGAAGCGACAACAGGCACAAACUGGAGCAGGGGAAGGUGUUUAUAGCCAGAUGCUCACUGCUGGAUGAGUUAUUUGAGAUCAGUCACAUCAGGACCAUCUACCACAUGUUCAUCGCUGCUCUAUUCCUGUUCAUCAUGAGCACUUUAGCAGUGGACUACAUCGACCAGGGCAGGCUGGUUCUGGACUUUGAUCUGUUUUAUUACGCGUUCGGUCAGUUGAAUACGGUCAUCUGGGCCUGGACGCUCAUGUUCGGCUACACUCUGCUCGGGCCGUACCACGUUCUGCGCGUUUGGGGCGGACUGUACCACAGCAGCCGCUGGAGGACGUGUGUGUCGGCGGGGUCGGCGCUCGUACUGUGUGCUGCUCAGAUGAGCAUGCUGGGAAUAUUUCCAGUGUAUGUCAUCCUGCAUUAUCAGCUGCCACCCGCAUCACGAUUCAUCAUCAUAUUAGAACAGAUCAGAUUUUUAAUGAAGAGUUACUCGUUUAUCCGUGAAACCACACCAGCCGUCCUCAAACACACACCACAGAAGGAUGAAUCGCUGCGAUAUCCGUCCCUCUCCAGCUAUCUGUACUUCCUGUUUUGCCCGACUCUGAUCUACCGUGAGGUCUACCCACGAAACCCGUACAUCAGAUGGAACUACGUUGGCAUGAACUUUCUAAAGAUCUUGGCCAGUCUGUUCUAUCUGUACUUCAUCCUGGUGCGCUUGUGCAUCCCUGUGUUUAGGAACAAGAGCAACCAGCCGUUCAGCACACGCACGCUCAUCCUGGCGCUCUUCCACGCCGCUUUCCCAGGGAUGCUCAUGUUAAUGUUGGGCUUCUACGCAUUUCUGCACUGUUGGCUCAACGCUUUCGCUGAGAUGCUGCGUUUCGCUGACCGGAUGUUUUACAAAGACUGGUGGAACUCGACUUCCUUUGCCAAUUAUUACCGCACAUGGAACAUCGUCGUCCACGACUGGCUUUAUUACUACGGCUACAGAGACUUCCUCUGGCUGUCAGGCUCUAAACUCCGCUCGGUGGCCACACUCUCCGUUUUUGCCGUUUCUGCACUAGUUCAUGAGUACGCCUUCACCAUGGGCUUCGGAUUCUUCUACCCGGUGAUGUUCUGUACAUUCGCGGGUAUUGGUGUGGUGUUCAACUUCGCCAUGAACGACAAACGGAAGAGCCCGGUGUGGAACAUCAUCAUGUGGACGUGUCUGUUCAUCGGUCAGGGCAUCCAUGUCUGUCUGUACUGUCUGGAGUGGUACGCACAGAUUCACUGCCCGCGAACUGGGACAAGCUUCUGGGAGCUAGUGACGCCACGAUCAUGGACGUGCAGUUCGCAGUGACAUCUGAACGCUCACAGUGACCUACAUCAGCCUCUUCAGCAGCAUCAAUAUUUGCUUCUGUUAAUUACCGUGUGUGCCGUGUGAGGGAUCAGGCAUGACAUACUGUGCUAUUUGAGACGCAUUAUGAAAUGUGUUACAUAACAUACUUGAAACGACAUUCACAUGAUUAAUGAAGCACUUCAGCCUCUCUGUAAAUGUUGCUUACUUUAAUUGAAUGUUCUCAACUUCAUGAGUGUUUAUAUUUUAAUGAAUGUAAUAAUGGACAUUAUAAAAAAAAGUUAUACAUUCAUAGUGCUUUAAGCUUAUGGAACAAAGUAAAUGCAAUUUAUUUUAUAUCCUCAAUUUAUAUUGUGUUCUGAAAAUACAAAACCUGUAAAAUCAUAUAUAUAUAUAUAUAUAUGGUACCUUUACAAUAAGGUUUAUUAGUUAAUGUUACUUGAAGCAUUAACUAACAACGAGCAAUACAUUUGUUACAGUAUGUCUUAAUCUUUGUUAAUGUUAGUUAAUAAAAACAACAGUUUUAACAAUGCAUGUUAGUAACACUGCAUGUUACUGAGGCUACAAAGAAAUUAAUCAUACUGAACCAGCCUCACUUUAACCCUUUAUGGCCGUCAGUGUUCGUGCAUCUAAUGUGCAGACCCAUUAAUGUCUGGUUUCUCUUGCAUCAUCAUGUUUAAUCAUAAUUAAAUAUAUCUGCAAGCAGCAAUUAAGGGGCCAAGCACAACAGAAGCGAACAAGGAAGCUCGCAGCAGACCAACAAUGUCAUAAUGACUAUGAUAGUAACUGAGACAAACACACUGCAUGCCAAUCAGACCAACAGUACUGUAGUUACAGCCAAUUUCAUAUUUUGUUCAAUUAUAGCACCAACAAGUGACACAGUCCCACUGCUUUUUUGUGUGUGUCCUCAGAGUGCCCCCAUACAUAAGUGUGUCAAAUUUGGUGAAAAUCUCAUUUCAUUUAGGUGUUAUAGACGUAUGUAUGUAUGAACACAUAAAAAUUACCCACACCUGA